UGACACUGGCACAGUUCUCUAUAGCUCCCAUAUAUGUAGGAUCCUGGCUUCCACUUAUCCGUACAGUACUGUAUCUCUACCUUCAAACACUAUUGUUUCAUCAGUCAGCGAGCAGGAACCAGUGGGCGUGCUUACGUCAGUAUAAUCGACACGAGACCGGAAUUAGCAUAGCUUUACUAUUUAACGACUACCUGUCAGCGUGAGACGAGAAGGAGCUCAACACUCAGCAAAGCCAACUGGCUGACCUGGCUCACGUGACUGUCACUGCUCAUUCAUAUCACUUCUGCGCAGCCUCCCUCAUAACUCGGCUGAUUGAAGCCGGCGGAAGGCUGGCGGUGGGACCGUGAUUGUGGCAAUAUAUAAUUUCAGCGUGAUAGUAGGAGAGACGCUGGAGAUAAUGCCAGGAUGAAUACAUUCUUAGAUUAUUCAGUGAUGAGCGGCGGCGACGGGGGUGGCGGGGGUUCGUGCUCUGUCAGUGCAUUCCAUGCAGAUCACGGAACUUUCCAGUCGUGUUCCGUCACGGUAAAUAAUUGCAACGGUAGCGAGCGGUUCUUGACUAGCAGAGCGUCACCGGACUCUGUUUCAAACCAUUCACAUAAAGCCGGCUCUUACCAAUCCUCUGGUACACUAUCAAUUGCCUAUGGUGCCCAUCCAACGUAUGGGGCGCAAACGUUUUGCACCAGUUAUAAUCACUACACCGUCAACCAGGAUUCUGACUCUACUGCAGCUUUAAGUCAGUGCGGUCCGCUAGUUUACUCUGGAAAUACUGUCGAGCCCCAUCAGCGUCAUCAUCAUCAUCAUCAUCAUCAUCCUUUUCGACAUGGUUACACCGGCAGCACCGUUCGCUUACCUGGGCAACUUCAGUUUGCAGCUGCUACGUAUGGUCAUGGUCAGGAUCAGGCAAAUUUGUCGUUGCUGACAGGUUGCUCAAAUUCUCUCUCUUCUCUGCAUGCGUCUCAUCACAGCGCGUGCUGUUCAUCUCUAUCAGAUGGCGUGUCAACGGCGCAGACGUUUGACUGGAUGAAAGUUAAGCGGAACCCACCAAAAACAGGUAAAGUCGGAGAGUAUGGAUAUGUCGGACAGCCCAACACUGUUCGAACAAAUUUUACUACCAAACAGCUGACAGAGCUAGAGAAGGAGUUUCACUUCAACAAGUAUUUGACGCGCGCCAGGCGUGUAGAGAUAGCUGCUGCCCUCCAGCUGAAUGAGACUCAGGUGAAGAUCUGGUUUCAGAAUCGUCGCAUGAAACAGAAGAAGCGCGAAAAAGAGGGGCUGCUGCCCAAAACUGAAUCGGCACCAGUAGACGGCCAAGAAAAGGCUGAAGUUUCAUCCGAGCUUUCUUUCUCUGCACCGUCAACGCCAUCUCCCGGCUCCUCUGCGACUGAUCCGUACUCCUCGGGCUAAUGACCUGUUACUGAGUUAUGCUAAUUGGAUAACAAGUACCAUAGCUCCAUAGAUGUGGUGGACCUAUGUAACUGGGCCUGCCAAGCAGGCAUUUUGUCACUAAAAAUAAUGCACUAUUUAUGUGGCUUGACGAUUCAUUGUGUUAUGUUAUUGUAAGAUAGUAGGCAAUCAAGCUAAAGAAUUCAAUUUCAUUAAGUGCAUUUUCGGACACAAUAAUGACAGCUGCCACGUUAAUGUAAAUAUUUCAA